AUGUCGAGAUCCUUCCUAGUGGACGCCUUGAUCAGUGAUACCAAAGAUACUAACACGGAGAUGAAGAGUGAACAUCUGGCGUACAACUUGGGUAACUUGGACACGCGACCCAAGUUCCUUCCGUACCCUUACCCCGGGAGUAUCAACCUUCUGUCUCUUGGACUACAACAACAACGAGCGCCGGACCUGUUCGCCGGACUUAUUUCACCUCCUCUGUGCGCUACAGUAAUUUUCUAA